GGUUACCAGCCAAUCGCAGGGGGCAUAUCAACAAAACAAUCAUUCACACUCACAGUCACACCUACGGGCAAUUUAGAGUCUCCAAUUAAUGCAUGUUUUUGGGAUGUGGGAGGAAACCGGAGUACCCGGAGAAAACCCUACGCAGGCACGGGGAAAACAUGCAAACUCCACACAGGCAAGACCGGAUUUGAACCUUGGUCUAAUUCUGCCCUGGCCAACUCGCGGCUCGCGAGCAUCAUGCGGCUCUUUAACUAGUUUCAUGCGGCUCUUCAGGAGCUGUCACAUGAGCUGUCAAAAAUGCUUGGCUGGCGCUGUCAUUCACUCCCCCUACAGCUAGAUGGCAAACUGACCAUGUACGCCUGUUUGAGUGACGUCAAACGAGCGACGAGAGAAUCUUUGGUGUGACAUCAUUUGUGUUGUAAACAAUUUCCGUCAAGUUACCUCUUGAAAUGGCAGGGAAAAAAAGCACAGCCAAACGAAAAUAUGAAGAAGAACACAGGACGUUUUUGCCAGAGUGGGAGAGUUUAUAUUUUUUUGUUAAACGUAAUGGCAUGCCGAUCUGCUUUAUAUGUCACGCAGGAUUAGCGCAUUUCAAAGCUUCAAAUCUUCAGCGUCACGUCAGCUCACUCCACCCUAACAUCGAACAGGAAUUUCCAAAAGGGACUGAACUUCGCAAGAACAAGUUGGUCGCUUUGAAAAGCAAGGCAGAAAAGCAGGUGCAGUUUUUCAAAAAAUUUACAAAACACUCGGAGACCGUAACGCUUGCAUCAUAUCAUCUGGCUUGGAACAUAGCACGGGCUAAAAAGCCAUACAACGAAGGGGACUUCAUUAAAAAAAUGCCUCAUUGACGCCUUUGAAAUCUUGGCUCCUGGAGACGACAAACUAAAACGGAGCGUAUCAGACGUUCAACUGUCCCGCCACAGUGUUAAACGCAGAAUAUCGGAUAUUAAUACAGCUGUUGAAUCACAGUUGCACUCUGACCUUCAAGCAUUGCCUCCAAUGGCUCUCCGACUGCUCAAAGUCCCCUCUCUGGCCACAGCAGUGCUUGCCUCUUCUGGAUUUUACCUCUACAAUAGACGACUUGAUUUCAAUGACCUGAGUUUGAUCCGCUUUGGACGAGCUGCUGCCACUACUGCUGUCAUCAGCUAUGACUAUCUGACUGCUUUCAAACAUGUGGAAUAUGGCACAGAGGAAUAUCGGGCCCUUAAGUCCAAGGUACAUCGACGUUCAGCGGAGCGUCUUCGAGAUCUCUGCUGUGCGAAUCGGGGUACCUUUAUCAAGGUUGGCCAACACCUUGGCGCUCUAGAUUAUCUCCUUCCAGAAGAGUACACAUCCACGCUGAAGGUACUUCAUAGUCGAGCUCCUCAGAGCAGCAUGGAAGAGAUCGUGCAGGUCAUCAGAGAAGACUUUGGCAAGGAGCUGUCAGAGUUGUUUGUUUUAUUUGAAGAGACGCCUCAGGGAGCUGCCUCUUUAGCCCAGGUCCAUAAAGCCGUGCUGCAUGAUGGGAGGACGGUGGCUGUUAAGGUCCAACACCCCAAAGUCCAAAGACAAAGCUCCAAAGACAUAUUGGUGAUGGAGGUGUUGCUAAGAGGGGUCCAUUGGCUUUUCCCUGACUUCGCCUUUAUGUGGUUGGUAGAAGAGGCCAAGAAAAACAUGCCAUUGGAGCUGAACUUCCUUAAUGAAGGACACAAUUCAGAAAUUGUAUCAAAAAAGCUGGCCCACUUCACAUUUCUCAAGGUCCCCAUGAUCCACUGGGACUUGUCUACGAAGAGGGUUCUGACCAUGGAGUUUGCUGAGGGAGGGCAGGUCAACGACAGGGAGUACAUGAAGACACAUGGCAUCAACGUCAACGAGAUUUCAGAAAACCUGGGCAAAAUGUACAGUGAAAUGAUCUUCAUACACGGCUUUGUUCACUGUGACCCCCACCCUGGCAAUGUGUUGGUUCGAAAGUGUCAAAAAAGCAAGAAGACAGAGAUCAUCCUACUCGAUCAUGGGCUUUAUCAGGUUCUACAACCAGACUUCAGGAUAAACUACUGCCAGCUCUGGCAGGCUCUGAUUCAUCAGGACAUGUCUGGGGUGGAGCAUUACAGUCGCAAACUGGGAGCUGGAGAUCUGUACCCACUGUUUGCUUGUGUACUCACCGCUCGUUCCUGGGCUGCCAUCAACUCUGGCAUUAGUUCAGUGCCUGUCACACUCUCAGAGGAUGUUGAAAUACGGACCAAUGCAGCUGUUUACCUGCCCCAGAUCAAUGACCUGUUGAACAAAGUUCCCCGGCAGAUGUUGCUGCUAUUGAAGACCAACGACCUAUUGAGGGGAAUUGAAACCACUUUACAGACCAGAGCUUCAUCGUCCUCCUUCAUCAACAUGUCACGCUGCUGCAUACGUGCUUUGGCCAGUGAUGAAAAAUGACUGAUCUUACUUAUUCCGGAAAAGACCCGGCAGAUCUCAGUCAGAUUCGCAGAUAAGAUUCUUCAUGGGUCGAGGAGGGGCCCUUUGCAUCUUAUGGAUGGUGGUUUCAGGCAAGGGGGAAUGGGAGGAAGAUCUUGGCGUGAUGUGCGUUGGAUUCCAAUAUUGACAAUCAUUUUCAUCCUGUCCUUCACACCUAACAGAGAAUUUGGAGAUUUGAGUUUUGCGUUGGGCUUUGCUCCAAUGGGGCAGCGAGGGGUCUGGGAGAUUCUACGUGCUGGCUCAUCUCAUUUGUCAUUCACUCCUCCGAUUGUUUGGAUCACACUGAUGUAUCCGUCUGCGCCUUGUCGCCUUAUCGCUUGUUCCUCCUAUUGUUUGGGAACAAUCUUUCGGUCCUUCAGCCGUGUCAACACGGCAAGUGUUUUCUUUUCAGGUCGAAUGAAGUACACAGUAAAAAAUGUUGGCAGCCAAUAACUUAACCCCUUGUGUAUUUAGACAGAAACCAUCUGCCUUGUAAAGAUGUAUGCGCUCCCAAAAAUGCAGAAAUUGUCAAUGAAACUCACGGAUAGUGCAGUACACACUUCUACAGAUAAAAAUCGAAAUGAAGUGACUGUAAGAUGAUAUGAGAAUUUGUGCAAAUACAUGAUAAACAGGAGGGAAAUGUUAAAUAUAUUCUAGAAGUUAUCAUUUAUUUGCUUAGCUUGCAUUAGUAUUAUGGACGAUUUUAGAUGUCUCGCCUUCAAAAAGAUGACUCAGCAUCAUCCGAUGGAAGGGCGCCUGGACCAAGGACGUGAUCGGAUGUGGUCGGGGACGUGACAGGUGUUGGUCCAAUGUUUUGUGUUGUGUCUUAUUGUUUAGAACAUUAUGUCUGGGAAAAACCCUCCUAUUUUCAAAUAAAUGCAGGAGCGACGGGAGAGAUUGGUUAGAGCGUGUUGAGAGACUGUGAUCUGAACAAUCUCCCAUACGCCCUCCUCAUGAGAAAAAGAACCCAGUGUCUUCAUUCCUUUUGUGUCUAUUUUUAUAAUGUUGGGUAAGAUAAAUCCAACAUUAAAUUGGUCCUUCGAGCUGGAUGUCAACACACCCGAGGAUUCCAGUUGUGGAGCCGACUUCCAGUUAAGAGACAGUGGCCACGGCAAGUAAGACCCUUUACGGGACUGGUCUUCGUUCUCCUCAACUGGGAUCUGAAGGUUGACGACAAUCCACAGGAUUGAAGAUGACUGGUGAGUUAAAUUUUAAUUUUUUUUUUUAGGAAAAAGGACGCCGGAGUCCACAAAUUCCGCGAGGACGGCGGAGUCCUGUACGUACUUAAAUUCCGUGUUUAAUAAACCCUGUGAAUACUAGUCAAUGGCGGGUGAAAUAAAGAAACUAGGAAAGUUUCGUGGCGUCGUAGUUAAAUUCCGUAUAGGACGGCGGAGUCCUCUAAUGAGCUGUUGACAGACGUAGUUAAAUUCCGUAUAGGACGGCGGAGUCCUCUGACGAGCCAGUGUGAAUGAAAACUGUUUGAAUGAGAGUGGAAAUGGGAAACCACUAGGUUUUUCAUUCCAUACCAAAACAGUGGGAAAGUAAACAGUGGACUUUUGUGGAUGCAAAGGCAAGAAUUCUCCACUCGAAAGAGUUGAAGUGAGAAUUACCACAGAAAGUAAAUUUGAAUCACCGUCCUACUGAAAAGAAACAGUGUUCUAGACUACCCUAGGUAGUAUUACACUGAACCAAAUUCUUUCAAAUGGGGAAAGGAAGUAGUAAAAUAAAAAACAGGAAUACACUGCAGUGUAAAGGUUGGAAGUAAAGUAAGUAAAAUUUAAAAGAAAAAAAAAACAGGAUCCUGAUAAAAUUUAAUAUUUAGAGACAGGGAUAACCGAACACGGCUUUAAUGGUUGGUUAAAUACACAAAAAAUAGCCGCGUUGCAGGAAUCAAAUUAUAUAAAAAAUAAAAGACAAACCACCGUUAAACGUGGGAAAGGCCCUAUUGUCUGCAGCCUUGCAGCUUAUCACAAAAAUAGAAGAUAAAAAAAAGAAUGUGAUGAGCUGUAGUAAUACAGAGAGCAGCAUGCGUACCAAACCCACGCACAUUGUUAAAUUCAUUAAGACCAGACGCUACUGUGUUUACAGUAGUGGACAUAAGUAAUGCAUUCUUUUCAGUACCAAUAGAAAAUAACAGUCAAUUUUGGUUUGCAUUCACAUUUGAGAAAAAAAAAAUAUAUAUAUAUACAUUUACUAGAUUACCACAAGGUUACUGUGAAAGUCCAACCAUUUUUUCACAUGUUAUGACAACACGCAUGUCUUCUGGCAUCUACAGAUGGAGAGACAUGCAAGGAUUCAUUGGCCUUGCUGCAUCAUCUAACAGAAGAGGGACAUAAAGUUAACAAAAAUAAAUUGCAAUGAUGUAAAAGGCAAGUCAAAUAUCUAGGCCAUAAUUUCAGUGUAGGAGGAAGGACUAUAUUAGAAGACAGGAAAGCUAUAGUCUUAAAAAAUCUUAAACGACAGAUGAAGAAACAUAUAAUAAUCAUUUUUAGGUCUGACAAAUUAUUGUAAAGCAUGGAUUCCAAACUAUGCAGAAAUUGUUGCACCAUUGUCAAAAUUAAUGUAUGAAGACAACCUUAAAAUGACAUCAUCUGUUUAAUGGAGUACAGAGGCAGAAAAGGCCUUCUGUGACAUUAAACAACAUUUGGUGUCCAGUGCUGUGCUAGGCCUUCCAAAAUUAAUGAUAAAACAUUCAUUCAAAUGGUAGAUUGUAAAAGCUAUUGCAUGACCUCCGUACUUACACAACAAUAUGGUGAUAAGCUAAGACCAAUAGCUUAUUUUUCAACUAAAUUGGACAACGUAACGUGUGCAUUACCACAUUGUGUCAGAGCAUUUGUGGCAGCCUUGACGGCAGUAGAGAGCAGUUCACCCUUAAGGUCCCACAUACAGUGUCUGCGCUCCUAUUGCAAACCAAUAUGGCGUUUUUAUCACAUGCAAGACAUUUAUCUUGCAUUGCCAUCUUGCUGUCACAACCACAUUUGACUGUUGAGCGAUGCACAACCUUAAAUCCAGCCACACUAAUACCCUUACUUGAUGAAGGCACGCAGCAUGAUUGACAGGAAUUGGCUAAACAAGCUGCUGAAUUAGUAGCAUUAACCGAGGCAUGCAAACUAAUGAUAAAUAAAGAUGGUACAAUCUAUACUGAUAGCCAAUAUGAGUAUUCCACAACAAGAACGCAAUUAUUGGGAAAAACAAAGUGCAAAACUACAAAAUGAAAUUUACAUUAGCACAGGAAAAAAAAAAAAACCUAAUCAAAUGGGCUGCUAUAUUGAGCCAUGCUGUGUCACAUGUCUCAACCGGAGGGAUGGUGGCACAGAUAGAUUGACACUUUACAGCCCUAAAAAAUAGCAGAAAGAAACACGUGGGUUCAUUUAACACACUGUAAAAGAGUCAUUUCAGCUGAGUACUCAAAUAGGGAAGGUGAGCAAAAGUCUGAUAACGGAGCGGGAGCAGAUGUGUAGAUUCUGAAAACGCUUGCUGGUCAGUGAAGAAAAAAGACACCAACCCUUUUAGUGCGAACUCAGCAGAAAGGCACACCCACGUUGGUUAUGAGAUUUGAUAGGUUGUUACGUAGCAACUUUGGCUACUAUGGUGUUGGUUUUGUUUUUGUGGUACAUGGGACGUCCCACCCUCAAUGAUAAAACCCAUUUUUUAGAUAGAAAAUCACCUACCAACUGGACCAAUAUGACGAACCCAAUAAUAAAAAAAAUUUUCAUCAUUAACUCGUAUCAAAAGGAGUACAGCUGAUGAUCAAAAUUGUGGGCAUGGCCUCCAAAUGCGGCAAAACGGUUUAAUAUUUUGUGCCCCCCAAAAUCAAGCUGCUUUAAUCCUAAUUCCGUAUGCGGCUCUCACCAAUGAUGCUCAAGAGAAUGGGCAGAAUUGGGGAUUUGGAUAUGACUGGUAUGCAACUAUAGGCUUUGGAUGGGAACACCUCAUUGGUGAAACAGGUUAUGAUUGGUCCAGUUGGUCAAAAAGAACAGCAAAAGAACAUAGAAAGAAGUUUAACCUAAGCAAAACGGCCCAUAGUUUAAUAUUGAAAUACAAAUCAAGUCACCCAAUGUGUUUGAUAGUGAGCUUGUGGGCCUAUUCUGGUGGAAAAGAUCCCCACUUCCAAGUUAACAACAUAACUACUGAUGAUUGGUUCCUUGUUGUCACAGGAGUUUCAGGACAAAAUAACAAUUGGUUACUAUUGAUGGAACAAGCAGCAAAUGUAGCGAGAAAAGAUUGUGUUGUUUGCAUGGGUCCCAGGCCUUUGUUGCGCAUAGGUCCGGCACAAUUAUCACAAGAUUGUAUUAUUCCAUUCAUGAACGCUACUGUACCAACAAAGAGGUGUAAAUCAUGGGAUCCUAUAUAUCCCGUAA